GAGCUGCCUUUGCAUCCUGCCCUGCUGUGGGUUCAGUACUUGCUGCACGGCCCUGGGAUCGCUGUGUCCUUGCCAGGCCCCGGUUUCUCCAUCUGUGAAACGGGAACGUUUAUCACUGAGCCGCUUUACACACUGAGGUCUGCGGGCAGAGUGUUUGGGCUUCUAAACGCUGCUGUGCUUCGUGUUUAAUCCUCGGGAUUAAGAUGCUGGGUGGGAAACUCUCCCGGAUAACUUCCUGCCCAGCUCUGCCCGCGGAGCCCUCGGCCGGGCUGGGCACUCGGGACCCCGGCUCCGCCCCUCCCUGGGUGACGGACACAGGGCAGGGGGGGUGUGCUGGGUGGGUUUGGGCUGUGGGAGCCCGAGCCCCUCCAGAAACCCCAUGUUCCCGUUCGUGCGUGGCAUCUGGGGGAGCCGGAGUCCCGGGCAGCAGAGGCCUCGUCUUCUGCUCCUGGGUUGGGUGAAAAAGAUGUUUGGAGAAAAAGCAAUUCCCAUGGAAAAAAAGGACAGUGUGGGGGAGGAAACGGCUUCGACUCAAUGGGGAUUUUCGUUGGUAAAAUGUAAACAGUUCUCCUGCAAUGUUGACAUAACAUUUUAAAGAUUUCAUUAUACAAAAAAGACUGUUUGUCAACAUUUGUUUGUCCAAGCCAACCUCCUGGCUCUGCAGCUGGAGAACUGCUCUGAAUGAAGCGGUUUUGUGCUUUUGGGAAGCUGGGUGACAGCAUUCCCGGCAGAGUCCUUGGUGGGAUCGGGGGUCUGUCACUUGGUGUGCCGUGGUUUUGGGGUUCCCUCGGCGCUGUGGGCUGUGCUCUCUACCAGCCAGGCAUCGAUCCCCCUUUUGGGAUGGGGUAGGACUGGUCCCUGCACGGAUGGGGGUCCCGGGGUGCCUCCCAGGGCUCCUCCGAGUCGUACCUCGGUCUUUGGGGGUGUCUUGUCCCCUCCACAGGACAGCAGGGGAGCGGGUGGGAGCAGCCCGGGGGCUCCCGGCGGUGUCACGCGUGGGUGCCCGGCGAGGCAGGGGGUACCGAGGGGAGGGGACGGGGCAGAGGGGCCGCCCCGGAGCAGGCUGCUGGCUGGCUGGACCCGUGUCCCUCCUCCUCCUUCUCCUCCCCUCCUCCUCCUCCUCGCUCCCUCUCUCCGCCCGGCGCCGGGGCAGCUCCCACCGGAGGCGCUGGGGACAUGGAGCGGACCUGAGCCCGGCGCGGCGGCGGAGCCCGCACCGGCAGCGGCAGCGGCACCGGCAGCGGCACCGGCAGUGGCAGCGGCACCGGCAGCGGCACCGGCAGCGGCACCGGCACCGGCAGCGGCGGGACCCGGCGGCAGCGCUGCAGCGCGACGGAGCAGAUGUCCAUGAGGAGCCCCGUUUCUCCCGCGCUGGAGCUGGAUGGAGCGGGCAGCAUGGUGAACUGCACCAUCAAGACGGAGGAGAAGAAGGAGAGCGGCUACGAGUCCACACCGGGGGCUGCCCCCAGCACCGAGCCCCGGCCCAGCGACCCCCCAGGGCCGCCGCCACGGGAGGGCACGGCCCCCCCACCCCUGCCGCAGGAGUCCCACUCACCCGCUGGUGAUGCGCGGGAGCCCCGGCACUCUGCCUUCGAGCCGGCCGGCAGUGGCCAGGAGAAGCUGGACUUCAACAAGAACUUGAAGGAGGUGAUGCCAACCAUCGAGAAGUUACUGUCCAGCGACUGGAAGGAGCGGCUGCUGGGCCGGAACACUGCUGAGUCCAAGGAAGUGAAAGGAACCCAGGAGAGCCUGGCAGAGAAGGAGCUCCAGUUACUGGUCAUGAUCAACCAGCUGUCCACGCUGCGGGACCAGCUGCUGACGGCGCACUCGGAGCAGAAGAACAUGGCCGCGAUGCUCUUCGAGAAGCAGCAGCAGCAGAUGGAGCUGGCGCGGCAGCAGCAGGAGCAGAUUGCCAAGCAGCAGCAGCAGCUCAUCCAGCAGCAGCACAAAAUCAACCUGCUCCAGCAGCAGAUCCAGCAGGUCAACAUGCCCUACGUGAUGAUUCCCGCCUUCACCCCCAGCCACCAGCCUCUCCCAGUCCCUCCUGACUCCCAGUUAGCGCUGCCCAUCCAGCCCAUCCCCUGCAAACCAGUGGAUUACCCGGUACAGCUGCUGCACAGCCCCCCUCCUCCCACGCUGAAGAGACCCACCGGCUCGGGCCACCUCCAGAUGCAGGAGACAUCGCAGCCGCUGAACCUGACGGCCAAACCCAAGAGUUCUGACCUCCCCAGCGCCUCCAGUUCACCCAGUUUGAAGAUGAGCGGCUGCCAGUCCCUCACACCGAGCCACGGGGCCACCAGGGACCUGCAGAGCAGCCCGUCCAACCUGCCACUGGGGUUCCUGGGCGAAGGCGAUGCCAUCACCAAAGCCAUCCAGGACGCACGGCAGCUGCUGCACGGCCACAGCGGAGCCCUGGAGGGAUCACUGAGCAACUCCUACCGCAAGGACCACGUCGGGAUUGAUUCUUCCCCCGGGAAGGAGCGGAUGGAGGAGACCCCUGUGCACCGGCUGGACGAGGCUCUGCUGACCUGCGAGAUGGACGGCUCCCGGCACUUCCCCGAGUCUAGGAACAACAACCACAUCAAGCGGCCCAUGAACGCCUUCAUGGUGUGGGCGAAGGACGAGAGGAGGAAGAUUCUGCAGGCCUUCCCGGACAUGCACAACUCCAGCAUCAGCAAGAUCCUGGGCUCCCGCUGGAAGUCCAUGACCAACCAGGAGAAGCAGCCCUACUACGAGGAGCAAGCCCGGCUGAGCCGGCAGCACCUGGAGAAAUACCCCGACUACAAGUACAAGCCCCGACCCAAACGCACCUGCAUCGUGGAGGGGAAGCGGCUGCGUGUGGGCGAGUACAAGGCGCUGAUGAGGAACCGGCGGCAGGACGCCAGGCAGGGCUACUUGAUAGGGCCCCAGGGCAGCCAGCUGCCCCCCGGCUCCUCGGACGUGCUGUACCCGCGGGCGGUGGGGAUGCCGCUGGCGUCGCCGCUGGUGGAGCACUACCUGCCCCGCGGCGCCGAGCCCGCCAUGCCUGUCAUCGUCAACACCCGCAGCCUCAAGGAGGGCGACGGUGGCGACGACGGGCACUUGGUGGCCGAUGGCGAGAUGUACCGCUACAGCGAGGAGGAGGACUCGGAGGGCGAGGACAAGAGCGAUGGCGAGCUGGUGGUGCUGACGGACUGAGGGGGGCUGGCGUGGCGGCUGCCACCAAAAAGGUGGUGACAGCAUCCCCAGAUGGGACGGGACUCGGCCAACCAGCUGUGCUGGGAGCAGAGGGGAGCUGCUGCCUGCCUGCAGAUGGGUGCCACUUUCAUGGUAUUUUGGGGAGGGUGAUGGGCACUGCAUGGGGCCAUGGCUGGGACAUGCCAACCCCAUUGAGCAAGAUGGUGGGGGCACAGCGAGCUGAGGCCACCUGGCCCAGGGAUAGGGUGCCACAGAUGCUGAGCUGUCACCCACAUGCAGCCCUGGAAGGGACCUGAGGGUGUCAGGGUGUGGGAAAACCUCCCAAGCUUCUCCCAGCCCUCCCGCACCCAUGAGGCUCUGCAGAGUGGCUGCCACCUCCACUGCUGGGGACACGGGAUGGGGACACGCUUGUCCCUUGCUCAGCCUGGUCUGACCUCCCUGCCGUGUUUCCCACUCGGUCUUUAGAGCCUGCUAGCAAAUUUCCACCAAGCCGUUUUUAGCUUCUCCUGGCCCAGUAAAAGCUCCAAGGAGCCCUUUGUGCUCCUGACUGCUCUGGCCCACUUUGUAAAUAAAAGGGGUGCCUGUACCCCGGUCCUCACCAGCCCCUGCCCCGGGCACAAGCCCUGGCCAUGGUGGGCAUGUGUCCCACCCCUUCUGGGCACCUCUCCCCACCAUGCCCGGCUCUGCGGGCUGCUAUGGUGACCUGCACCCCGAAAAUGACAGCCAUAAAACAAACGAACAAAAAUCGAAAAAAAUUACCCGGUUCUGAUUGGAGCUCAGCCUGGAGGUGUUUGGGGUGCAGCACGGCUGUGUGUCCAGCUGUCCAUGCAGUGUCCGGCUGUCCAUGCACGGUGUCUGUGCACCUCCCUGUGGCAACAGCCAGAAACAGGCACGGUGGCUGUGGCUGCAGCCGCAGCCUCUGGUCCGGCACCGUGGGGCCACUGCCAGGGUGGAGGAGCAGCUGGGGGUGUCCAGCCCCAGGGUGGGGGUGCUGCAGCACCAGGACCCGGGUGUUGCUCCCCUGCACCCCCAGGGCUGCUCGCGGGACGGCGUUUAUCCAAGGGAGCAUCCUGCCUCCUCUCCUCUCUUUCCCUUCGUCAGUGCUUUAUUUAUUCCCCCCCGUGCUGCUCUGGCUGGGGUCCCUGAGGAAGGGGUGCCAGCUCCCAGGGUGGGGGGCUGCGCUGCAGAGGGGGCUGGAUGCAGAUAUGCCCGACAAAGAUGCAGCUCUUCCUCUCCCUUUUUUUUUUUAAUUUCUCUUUUUUUUUAAAAAGACUGUAAAUAUAGAUAGAGCUUUAUUUUGUUAAUAAGAUGAUGAGUAACUUAACCUGUAUAUUUCACAUACUUGUUUACAAUUGCCCCCUCCAUCCCUUGGCACAAUAAAGAUGACUUUUUGGAGCAGA